CUGGUAACUGAGAGAAUGUCCUCCAGGGAUUUGACAUUUGGAAUGAUUUUCUUAUUACAGACUACAGUUGGUGUCCUGGGAAACUCUUGUCUUCUGUAUAUCUUCCUUUACUUCACUGGAUACAAAUCAAGGUCCACAGACUUGAUUGUCCUGCACCUAACUGUAGCCGACUCCAUUGUCCUUCUGGCUAGAGGAAUCCCCCAAACUAUGGCAGCUUUUGGGUGGAAAAAAUUCUUCAACGAUUUUCAAUGCAAUUUUUUUUUCUAUGUUCACAGAGUGGGCAGGACUGUGUCCAUUGGUAGUACCUGUCUCUUGAGUAUCUUCCAGGCCAUCACCAUCAGUCCCAGGAACUCCAGGUGGGCAGAGGUUAAGGAGAAAGCUCCCAAGUACAUUGGCUUCUCCAAUAUCCUCUGCUGGAUCCUGCACAUGCUGGUAAAUAUCAUUAUUCCCAUGUAUGUGACUAGCAAUUUUCGCCAUGAAAGUUUCACGAACAGAAACGACUACGGAUACUGUUCUUCUGUGUUUCAUGACAAAACCACAUUCCCACUGUUUGCAGCAUUGUUGUCAUUUGCUGACAUUGUGUCUUUGGGACUCAUGCUCUGGUUCAGCAGCUCUGCGGUUUUCGUCCUGUACAGACACAAGCAGCGGGUCCAGCACAUUCAUAGGAACAACGUCUCCCCCAGAUCCUCCCCUGAGACCAGAGCCACCCAAACCAUCGUUGUCCUAGUGAGCACCUUUGUAUCUUUUUCCACUCUCUCCUCCAUCUUUCAAGUUUUUAUGGCUGUUGGUAAUCAUUCUAUUUGGUUGCUGGUGAACACGGGUGUGCGAACUGCUGCAUGUUUUCCAACUGUCAGCCCCUUUGUCCUCAUGAGCAGUGACUCCUGUGUCUCCAGGCUGUGCUUUGCCUGGAUAAGGAAGACAAAAUCUCCUCAUCUUGUCAGAAACACCUAA